GGCGGAGUCGGUUUCCCUGAGAGAUAAAUUGUGUGUGGUACAAUUGGUGGAGUCUGGUACGGUACUGUCCUUUUGCUUUUCCUGUGAGGGGCAGUUAACAGUCUAAGCUAAAACUAGCCGAACCCAACCGUUAAAUCAGAUACACCGAAAAAGGGGGAUAUUACCGGGGAGUUAAUAUGUCUGGAAAUAAAGACAGUGACGGAGGAUGGAGGACAUUUGUGUGGAAUUCCGAGAAGAAGGAGUUUCUAGGACGAACAGGAGGCAGUUGGUUUAAAAUCCUCUUGUUCUACACGAUAUUCUACGGAUGCUUGGCUGGAAUUUUCAUUGGGACCAUUCAGGCACUGCUGCUCACGUUAAGUAACAACAAACCCACCUAUCAGGACAGAGUCGCCCCCCCAGGUCUAUCACACACCCCAAACUCAGACAAAUCUGAAAUUGCUUUCACCAAGUCUGAUGAGUCUACAUUUAAGAAGUACACCGAAAGCAUGCAGAGUUUCCUUGAACUAUAUGAUGAAGGGCGUCAGACUGAUGAAAUGAAAUUUGAAGACUGUGGAGACACUCCUCAGUCAUACAAAGACCGUGGAAGUCUGGAAAGUGACCAAGGACAGAGGAAAGCUUGCCGUUUCCACAGGUCUUUGCUUGGUAGCUGCUCAGGGGAGAGCGACCCCUUCUUUGGCUUCAAGGAGGGAAAGCCGUGCAUUAUUGUCAAGCUCAACAGGAUUGUCAACUUCAGACCAAAGGCUCCUACUAACAAUCAGUCACUCCCAGAGCCUCUGCAGGCCAAAGCACAGCCCAACCUCAUCCCCAUUUACUGCAAAAAUAAGAGAGAAGAGGAUGAAGCCAAGAUUGGAGAGAUCAAGUACUUUGGCUUAGGCGAAGGCUUUCCUCUUCAGUACUACCCAUACUACGGCAAAAUGCUGCACCCCCAGUACCUGCAGCCUCUGGUGGCCAUUCAGUUUACCAACCUCACUUUCGAUCAGGAGCUCCGCAUUGAGUGCAAAGUAUAUGGAGCAAACAUCGGCUACAGUGAGAAAGACCGCUACCAAGGACGUUUUGAUGUUAAGUUCACAAUCAGCUCGUGACCUCAGCCAUGAUGAGCACUCUCAUUUUGAAACAAAUAAAAUGUAGAGCAAUUAAAAGAGUUCAGAUAAACACCACUAGUCUUUGAACAUUCAUAAUAUACAGGACCCAUUCAUAAUAUACAGGACCCAUUCAUAAUAUACAGGAUCUACACUUAAUCUGUGUGCUUUACAUUAGCUUUUCUGUGUGUUUGUCGAGGGUUAGAAUGUAAAAUACAAGAGUAGCAAUAGCAAAUAUUUAUUCUACUGUACAUGAAAAUAUUCCUUGAGCCAUGGGAUGUGUUCAUCGAUUACUGUAAAACUGCAAUUCCACUACUGACGUGUAGCGAGCUGUGUUUCUGUCCCCAAAGUAUUUCAUCCUAAUGUGGUUUCUAUAUAUUUUUGGAGUGUCCAGUGCUGUAGUCCAGUCCUGUUGUAACCUCUUCUGUCAGCUUUAGUGGUCCAAGGUGUGUGUGCGUGCGCUCGUGUCUGUGUGCAGGUGUGUUAGUUUAUGUGAGUGUGUGGAGUGUGUGUUACUGUGCUCUGACUAACUGAAAUACUAGCUAAUACUAAGGUACUCUGAACCUUUAAGGCCCCUAUAUGAGUAAAUGACUGCGCUCCAUGGAACCUUUUUUUUGUGUGUGUUUCUUUAUCCAAGUUGUUGAAGUUGACUGUGGAAGGAUACAUUUGUACACCUUUUCUUUGUUGUUCACAUUAGCUGUAGGAUAUGGUUUGAUGACAUUUCUGUUUGAUACUCUUACAUCUGACGAUUCUUAAUUCAUAGUGUAGAGCUUUGUGGGUCCAGCCUAGAAGACUGUCACCUCCACGGAAACAGUGGCAACUCAGUGCUUUGAAAUCUGUUUUGCUGGAGACAUCACAUGUCGUGAUGCUACUUACUAUUGAAUGUUUUAGCCAUAUUCAUGGUGGAAGAAUUUUAUAUUUAUGCAGUUGUACAUUUUUUUCAAAGUUUAAUGUAUGAAUCCAAUACCAAAGUCGCUGGUCAAAAAGUUAAAGAAUAUCAGAGGCAAUGCAGUAUCCCGUGUAAUAAGAUGUGUAGUUGGUGUGAAAAUACUUAAUUCAAUGUUACAGAUCAAAACUGUCAAGAGUCUGCUCUUGUCACUUUAUUUAAUCUGCAUAAGGCUGAAACAAUAAAACAGAAAAAUGAGA